CAGCAACUCCAUAAUAAUAAUAAUCAUUUACAUUCCAUCGCUCGUCCUGUUCCUGGCCGGGUGAUCGGCGUGAUUGGCCGAAUCUCGACCCGAGCGUGGAAAGGGGGAAACACUUGAACAGACGCUACGGCGGCCGGCCUCUCGCUCUCUCUCUCACUGCUGCUUUCCCCCUACGCUUCCCCCCUCAAAGGUUCCGUCAGGAGAAGCAUCUCCAAGCAACCCUUUUUCCUCUGCUGCUUUCCCUCCUCCCCUUCACUUCUUCUUCGUCUCUGCAUCCUUGACCUGCGUGCUGAUUUCGCCCCUGCACCUCGUCCGUUUCCCCCUUCCAUACCAGCCACCAUGUCGUCGGCACUGAACGCGAUCCGUCGCAAGAAGAAUGUCAAGAAGGGAAUUCAGUUCUGUCUGAUGGUCUGUGGUGCCAGCGGAACUGGACGGACGACCUUUGUCAACACGCUCUGCGGCAAGAAGGUUCUCGAGCACAAGGAUGCGGAUGAUGCGGCCAACGCUCACAUCGAGGAGGGCGUCCGUAUCAAGCCCGUCACCGUCGAGCUCGAUGAGGAGGGCACGCGCAUCUCACUAACCAUUGUUGACACCCCCGGAUUUGGGGACCAGAUUGACAACGAAGAGAGCUUCUCAGAGAUCGUCGGAUACCUGGAGCGCCAAUACGACGACAUUCUCGCCGAGGAAUCACGAAUCAAGCGUAACCCCCGCUUCAGGGACAACCGAGUGCACGCCCUUCUGUACUUCAUCACCCCCACCGGCCACGGUCUGCGCGAACUGGAUAUCGAGCUGAUGAAGCGCCUGUCACCCCGUGUGAACGUUAUCCCCGUCAUUGGCAAGGCAGACUCGCUCACCCCUGCUGAGCUGGCCGAAUCGAAGAAGCUAGUUAUGGAAGACAUCGAGCACUACCGCAUCCCCGUCUACAACUUCCCCUACGACAUUGAGGAGGACGAUGAAGACACCGUGGAGGAGAACGCUGAGCUGCGGGGAUUGAUGCCAUUCGCCAUCGUCGGUUCUGAGGACAUCCUGGAAAUCGGUGGUAAGAAGGUCAGAGCGAGACAAUAUCCGUGGGGUGUUGUGGAGGUGGAAAACCCCCGACACUCUGACUUCCUCGCCAUCCGCAGCGCUCUGCUCCACAGCCACCUGGCAGAUCUGAAGGAGAUCACCCACGACUUCCUCUACGAAAACUACCGUACCGAGAAGCUCAGCAAGAGCGUCGAUGGUACUUCUGGAGGUGCCGAUUCUUCUAUGAACCCAGAAGACCUGGCAAGCCAGUCUGUCCGUCUGAAGGAGGAGCAGCUCCGCCGCGAGGAGGAGAAGCUCCGCGAGAUCGAGCUCAAGGUACAGCGCGAGAUCAACGAGAAGCGACAGGAGCUGCUGGCUCGCGAGAGCCAACUGCGGGAGAUCGAGGCCCGUAUGGCACGCGAAGCAAGCCAGGCGGAGGAGCUCAACGGAGAGGCGUAGAUAAUACCCCGAAGGAGUGGCGCCAGGAGCGGGAACUGAUCCUGUGGUUCGAUACCGUCAAUGCUCUACGUGCUGUAAUUGCGCAGCCCCUCUUAUCGAGGAAGCGGAUAAGGCGUGAGAAUGGUAUUAUGGCGCUUGACAGCAUUCUAAAAG